ACACCUGAGUUCACAAUCCUGGGGCGAUAUGGCAGAAUCUUUUUUUUCGGAUUUUGGCUUGUUGUGGUACCUGAAGGAGCUCAGAAAGGAAGAGUUUUGGAAACUUAAGGAGCUCCUCAAACAACCUUUGGAGAAAUUUGAACUCAAGCCAAUCCCCUGGGCUGAGCUGAAGAAGGCCUCCAAAGAAGAUGUAGCAAAGCUGUUGGACAAACAUUACCCAGGAAAGCAGGCAUGGGAGGUAACACUGAACCUGUUUCUACAGAUCAAUAGGAAAGAUCUCUGGACAAAGGCUCAGGAAGAGAUGAGAAAUAAGCUAAACCCGUACAGAAAGCAUAUGAAGGAAAAAUUUCAACUCAUAUGGAAGAAGGAAACCUGUCUUCACGUCCCUGAGCAUUUCUACAAAGAAACCAUGAAAAAUGAGUAUAAAGAAUUGAAUGACGCAUAUACUGCUGCGGCUAGACGACACACUGUGGUCCUGGAAGGUCCUGAUGGAAUUGGAAAAACAACCCUUUUAAGAAAAGUGAUGUUGGACUGGGCAGAGGGAAACUUAUGGAAGGAUAGGUUCACAUUUGUGUUUUUCCUCAAUGUCUAUGAAAUGAACGGUAUCGCAGAGACCAGCUUACUGGAGCUCCUCUCUAGGGACUGGCCGGAGCCUUCAGAGAAGAUCGAAGACAUUUUUUCCCAGCCAGAGAGAAUUCUGUUCAUCAUGGAUGGCUUUGAGCAACUGAAGUUUAACUUACAACUUAAGGCUGACUUGAGCGAUGAUUGGAGGCAGCGGCAGCCAAUGCCGAUUAUCCUGAGCAGUUUGUUGCAAAAAAAGAUGCUUCCAGAAUCCUCUCUGCUUGUUGCAUUAGGAAAACUGGCUAUGCAAAAACACUAUUUUAUGUUGCGGCAUCCAAAACUCAUAAAGCUCUUAGGAUUCAGUGAAUCUGAAAAGAAGUCGUAUUUCUCCUACUUCUUUGGUGAGAAGAGCAAAGCCUUGAAAGUCUUCAAUUUUGUGAGAGAUAAUGGGCCGCUGUUUAUCUUGUGCCAUAAUCCCUUUAUAUGCUGGUUGGUCUGUACUUGUGUGAAACCGAGGCUAGAGAGGGGAGAAGACCUUGAAAUAAACUCCCAAAACACCACCUAUUUAUAUGCAUCCUUUUUAACAACUGUAUUCAAAGCAGGAAGUCAGAGUUUUCCACCUAAGGUGAACAGAGCCCGACUAAAAAGCCUGUGUGCUUUGGCUGCAGAGGGAAUUUGGACAUAUACAUAUGUAUUUUCCCAUGGGGAUCUCCGGAGGAAUGGGUUAUCUGAGUCUGAGGGCUUGAUGUGGGUGGGUAUGAGACUCCUCCAAAGGAGAGGGGACUGUUUUGCCUUCAUGCAUCUGUGUAUCCAAGAGUUUUGUGCCGCCAUGUUUUAUUUGCUGAAACGACCCAAAGACGAUCCUAACCCGGCCAUUGGAAGCAUAACCCAGCUUGUAAGAGCAAGUGUGGUUCAGCCUCAAACCCUCUUGACCCAGGUGGGGAUAUUCAUGUUUGGAAUUUCAACAGAAGAAAUCGUCAGCAUGCUGGAGACCUCCUUUGGUUUUCCACUGUCAAAAGACCUAAAGCAGGAAAUAACCCAAUGCCUUGAAAGUUUAAGUCAAUGUGAAGCUGAUAGGGAAGCCAUAGCUUUCCAGGAACUAUUCAUUGGUUUGUUUGAAACUCAGGAAAAAGAAUUUGUAACCAAAGUGAUGAAUUUCUUUGAAGAAGUUUUCAUUUAUAUUGGUAACAUAGAACAUUUGGUAAUAGCUUCAUUCUGCCUGAAGCAUUGUCAACAUUUAACGACACUUCGCAUGUGUGUGGAGAAUAUCUUUCCAGAUGACUCAGGAUGCAUCUCAGAUUACAAUGAGAAGCUCGUCUACUGGCGGGAGCUUUGCUCAAUGUUCAUUACCAACAAGAACUUCCAGAUUUUAGACAUGGAAAAUACCAGCCUCGAUGAUCCCUCCCUGGCGAUUCUUUGCAAAGCGCUGGCUCAGCCUGUUUGUAAACUCCGAAAACUCAUAUUUACUUCUGUGUACUUUGGACAUGAUUCAGAAUUAUUUAAGGCAGUUCUUCACAACCCUCAUCUGAAACUUCUGAGCCUGUACGGCACUAGCCUCUCCCAGUCUGACAUCAGACACCUGUGUGAGACGCUGAAACAUCCAAUGUGCAAGAUAGAAGAGCUGAUACUGGGAAAGUGUGACAUCUCCAGUGAAGCUUGUGAAGACAUCGCCUCCGUCCUGGCCUGCAACAGCAAGCUGAAACACCUCUCCUUGGUAGAAAAUCCCUUGAGGGACGAAGGAAUGACGUUGCUGUGUGAAGCCCUGAAGCACCCACACUGUGCCCUGGAGAGGCUGAUGUUGAUGUACUGCUGUCUCACCUCUGUCUCCUGUGACUCCAUUUCCGAAGUCCUCUUGUGCAGUAAGUCCCUGUCCCUCCUCGAUCUGGGCUCAAAUGCCCUGGAAGAUAAUGGAGUGGCAUCUCUGUGUGCAGCGCUGAAGCACCCAGGCUGCAGCAUACAGGAGCUGUGGUUGAUGGGCUGUUUCAUUACUUCCGAUUCCUGUAAGGACAUUGCUGCUGUUCUUAUUUGCAAUGAGAAACUGAAGACCCUGAAACUUGGGCAUAAUGAAAUAGGAGACACUGGUGUCAGACAGUUAUGUGCAGCUUUGCAGCAUCCUCACUGUAAAUUAGAAUGUCUCGGGCUGCAAACGUGUCCGAUCACCCGUGCCUGCUGCGGCGACCUCGCCGCGGCACUCAUCACCUGCAAAACACUGAGGAGCCUGAACCUCGACUGGAUUGCCUUGGACGCUGAUGCGGUGGUGGUGCUGUGUGAGGCAUUGAGCCACCCGGACUGUGCCCUGCAGAUGCUGGGGCUGCACAAAUCUGGCUUUGAUGAAGAAACUCAGAAGAUCCUGAUGUCUGUCGAAGAAAAAAUUCCCCAUCUGACCAUUUCACAUGGACCUUGGAUUGACGAGGAAUACAAGAUCAGGGGUGUGCUCCUCUGAUGGGGAACACCCUGAAGUAGUCUUCUCACAAAGGCUUUCCUUGGCCACAGUGGGACCUUCACCUGGCACCUCUAUCCUGUAAUUGCACAUCAUGGCAGGAGGGCUGUGAUUUCAGAGGUACUCCCUAGGUGUUCUAGCAAUAUGAUUAUGGAGUGUGAUUCAGUGUACAUGCUGAUUGUCUUUGCCUCGGUCCUAUAUCCCCUUGUCUUUAGAAAUCCCAUCCUGCCUUGUGAUAUUUAGAAGCAUAAGUACGUUAAACAAGUGCUAAAGGCUCUGGAAAGCAUGACUUUAUUUUCUUAAUGGAUGUCUUGGUGUGUAGGAGCAUGCAUUUGUAGGCACCACAAUCCGGAUACUUCUGACACAGAAGUGAUGCUAGAAUGUGUCUAUAGAUUGUAUUGCUAGCAUCCAAACUUUCUAGUUUGUCCAGAUUUUGAUUUGAUCAAUUUUCUUGUCCAAUAAAAAAGCAUUUCCAAAUCUCUACUUAUCCUUUUAUAUAUGACACCCCAAUAGAUUUUUCUAAAAAUUCAGUAUUAUUCAAAUGUAUCUAUACUGUUUGUAUUUCAAAACACAAUAUUAAACACUUCAUUGUCAUAAUUAAACAUUCCCUAGUUCCCU